GAUGCAGUCAGAGUUUUGCACCGGUUGAGAGAAGAGUAGUGGUUCUGUGCUGAGCGCUUUCUUUAUGUAGUGCUGCUUGUGCUCGAGCAACCAAGGUCAUUGCCUGCUGGUCAUUUAACUCUUGCGUGGCCUCCAAGAGCAACAGAUUGCGGCCUCUAUUUUCGGUGAUGGUGUCGUUGUCAGUGUCGUUUGCUCCAAAGUGUUUUUGUUGUGAUCGCUAAACCGAAGGAUUGGGAUGCGAUUCCAAGGCAGCUGGGACUGGAUAGACGAACAGGCGCCAGUGAAUUUUGGUGGUCAUGGCAAGGUGGACAUGUCGAACUUCGACCUCUUACGGGUGCUUGGCACUGGUGCCUAUGGAAAAGUUUUCCUGGUUCGUAAAAGCGGUGGUCAGGACCAUGGCAAGCUCUAUGCCAUGAAAGUACUCAAGAAGGCAUCCAUUGUUCAGAAGCAGAAGACACUGGAGCACACACGCACAGAACGACAGGUGCUGGAAGCUAUUCGCCAAUCCCCAUUUCUGGUCACUCUGCAUUAUGCCUUCCAGACGGAUGCCAAGCUGCAUCUUAUCCUUGACUAUGUGAGCGGCGGAGAGCUGUUCACGCACUUGUACCAAAAGGACCACUUCACUGAACCAGAAGUUAGAAUAUACAUUGGGGAAAUUAUUCUAGCACUGGAGCACUUGCACAAGCUGGGGAUCAUCUAUCGUGACAUAAAGCUGGAGAACAUUCUACUGGAUUCUCAAGGGCACAUUGUGUUGACAGAUUUUGGCCUCAGCAAGGAGUUCCUUCCUCAUGAAAAGGAACAGCGCACAUACUCUUUUUGUGGCACGAUUGAAUACAUGGCACCUGAGGUGGUACGAGGAGGAAGCACAGGCCAUGACUUCAGCGUAGACUGGUGGAGUGUGGGUGUACUGACGUACGAGCUGCUCACGGGGGCCUCUCCAUUCACAGUGGAAGGGGAACGCAACAAUCAGGCCGAGAUCUCAAAGAGGAUAUUGAGAAGCCAACCUCCAAUGCCAGAACACAUGUCACAAGAUGCCAAGGACUUUAUUCAGAAGCUAUUGGUGAAGGAUCCCAGGAAACGUCUUGGUGGUGGCAUUGAUGAUGCGCUUGAACUCAAGAGGCACAGAUUCUUUAAGAAUUUAAACUGGGAUGACCUAGCACAGAAAGAGAUACCUGCCCCCUUUGUACCUAAGAUAAACGGCGAAUUGGAUGUCAGCAAUUUUGCAGAGGAAUUCACCUCAAUGAUUCCUGCCGAUUCACCUGCUGUUGUGCCUGCCAACGAUGACAAAAUAUUUAAGGGCUAUUCAUAUGUUGCACCCUCUGUCCUGUUCAGUGAACACAUUCUCACAGAUGAACUGCUGGACAGUCGCUUCGAAAGCCGUCCUAGUGUUUCACAGCUUUUAGCAGCAAAGUUCAAGAAUUCUCCAUUCUUCCAAAACUACGACUUGAUUACCAAAGAAGGCAUUCUUGGAGAUGGGAGCUUCUCGAUUUGCAGGAAAUGCAUUCACAAGAAGACUGGGCAGAUGUAUGCUGUGAAGAUUAUUAGCCGCCGUCUUGAUACGACACAGGAGGUUCAUCUGCUGAAACUGUGUCAGGGACAUCAGAACAUCGUCAACUUUGUUGAAGUCUUUCACGAUGAGGUGCAUACCUACAUAAUACUGGAGCUGCUGACUGGUGGAGAGCUCCUUGAAAGGAUUCGCAGGAAAGCAAGGUUCACGGAAAGUGAAGCAUGCCGUAUCUUCCGACGACUGGUUUCUGCAGUUCACUACAUGCAUACUCGGGGAGUUGUACACAGGGACCUCAAGCCUGAGAAUCUGCUGUUCACGGACAGCUCGGACAAUGCCACUAUCAAAGUGGUUGACUUUGGCUUUGCUCGUCUAAGGCCUGCUGAUAAUCAGCUUAUGAAAACUCCUUGUUUCACCCUGGGCUAUGCUGCUCCUGAGGUUCUUCGGCAGGCGACACUGGGAUCUCAUGCUGCUGGUUACAGCGAGUCCUGCGACCUCUGGAGCCUUGGGGUCAUAUUGUACACAAUGCUGUCAGGCCGUGCUCCAUUUCAAUCACCAAGUCGCAAUGUCAGCGCUACGGCAAUCAUGCAUCGCAUCCGUGAAGGGGAGUUCACUUUCACCGGCCCACAGUGGGAUCCUGUAUCACAGCAAGCAAAGGAUGUCAUACGUGGUCUCCUCACGGUCGACUCCCAACGGCGUCUCACCAUGGCCGAACUCCGAUCUCACCCCUGGGUGCACACCCGAAGUAGCCACUUGUCUGCGCAGCUCAUGACUCCCGACGUUCUCAGUUCAUCUUCAUCCCCUCGCGCAGCAGAGUCUGCCCUGCGUGCUACAUUUGAUGCCUUUCACCUUGCCACGCGUGGAGGGUUUCGGCUUUUGGAUGUCUCCGCUGCACCUCUUGCACAACGACGAAGGCUGAAACGAAGUUCUGCCGACGUGAGAAGUAAUUCCUCAGCAUCGACAAGUAGCGGAAGUUCAUUUGUGUCUUCAUCAACAUCCUCGUCGACUUCAGUGUCAGAGGUUGCCCCCUCUAUUAGAUCCUUAGGGUUCAUACCAGGGAGAGAGGAUUCCCGAAGUACGGACACAGUCUUCACAUACCCCGAGACGAAAGUGGCAGCUUAUCUUUCGACGUUGCCUGACGCAGGAAAGGAACGUGACGCAUGGCUACCACCUGCAGAAGCAAAGAUGACGACGGCGUCUGUGUCUGCACCCGUUCCCGAAGGGACGGAAACAGUGACACCUUCACAGAACCAUGUGGAGGCAUCUCCAGAAGGAAAGGACAUUGGGAAUGACAAUAAUUUACAAGUAGCACUGACGGAAGAGAUCAUGGAUGCAUUGAGCCAACCUGUGGAGGACGCAACGGGAAGGUCUUGGACUCGAUCAUUGAGAAAGCGACCGUCCCCACAGAACAACCUUCCCAGUUCCACGAAUAGUAAAGCGGAGUCAAGUGAUGGUUCCUCGGGGACAAAACGGGUGUGCCGGCAUCCGAGGCAGGCACGGAAAAAAGGAAAGAAAUGAAAUCAUCCCUAGUUUUCAAGGUAUAACGUCGUCAUCAACACAAACUGUACAUUUCAUCACACGUGUAGCCUUCUCAGUCACUUGAAGACUGUCUUGCAGCUGUGAGUGAAUGGAGUCGAGAAAAGCUCUAGACAUGGUGCACUUAGACACUUUGAAUGAAAUGCUGCAUCAUUAGCUAGAGCAUCUUAAUGAUUUUAAAAUAGUGUGUAAAAAUUACCUAGGAUAUUUUCAUUGGAUCACUAUUUUUGCAAUCAAAUGAAAAGGUUUGUAUAUUUCACUGGUAGAAUGUAUUUUGGAAGCUACGUUUUAGCACUGACAAAGUAAAGCGUGAGACUGUAUGGCGUCAGUAGCUUCCCGUUUUCAGCCAUUAUGUUUUCCUGAGGUAAAGCGAAGAUUGUUGCAGAACAGAAGUUAUCCCUGUUAUAUUAUUAUGUAAUAAGCCAAAACUUCUUUGCCUAUUUUUGCCAUGUUUUGGAGUAUCUCUGAAGGCAUAAUCGCUGAAGACAGGAAACCCUAGGCAUGAGGUAGAAGAAGGAUUCGCUGUGGAAUGCUAGUGAUAUGUGAUAAAAAUAUGGGAUAUUAUGUGUCCACAGUAAACAAAGCAAUUUACUUGUCAAAAUUAUCGCAUACUAUCUUACCACAGAGUUUACUGUUUCAUUAAUACAUAAUAUGUCAUCAGCUGCAGGUUUCAUUACUGUGAGAGACGCGUUAUGCGGAGUUGUGUCGUUAAGCUUGUUAUAGUUAUAGGGAGUUAUGUUCAGGUGACAGUUAGUUCAAGGUUCCACAGUGUGGUGCUGUGUGGCCCGUAGAAAAUGGAUGCAUAUUUAUUUAAAUAUUUAUCGUAGGUUACUUUAGUCAGAGUGCAGUUGUGCACAAGGUUUUCCACAUUCCCAUCAUGAAAUUAUUGCUCAGUAUGGAAACCAUAACAUGCACGUUAACAGUACUUACAAAAGCAGAAAGAAGCACUAUUGUUCCCCAUGAACUUGCUUUGUACCGUGGUGGAGUGACAUUACUUGAUAAGGCAUUUUGUAUCUCAUUUAGGUUUGUUUCUAUUCACUAAUCUCUUGCACUAUAUGUCAACGGAUCUAGGAAGACCAUAGUAUGAAAAAUACGAUAGAUGGCAAGCUAUUGUGAUUGCGACUGGAUGUACUGGUUUCAGAAUAAUCAGAAUGUUGGUCCUGGGAAGUACGUUCAAUGAGCAGCCGUGCAGUACAAAAUGCACAGGGGUGUGACAUGGCCUCUUAAUGGGUACAUCCAGUAGGGUGCUGUACAUACAGAGGGGCGGGCGACACACUAAAAAGUAUCUCUUUUGUACUUAUGGAGUAGGAACAUUAUCUUGAUCGUAGUCAUCCCUAGCUCAAAUCAUUGUUAAAAUUCAUAGUGUAGCUGAACUGGCUUGACAAUGCUGCUGUGUUUUUAAACUGUGCUCGGAUAGUGGCAUGCAGUGACCAGCGGUGGCAACUGUGAAAGGAGUGCAUUAUUUUUUACUGCUGUUUGGGUGGACCAGAAAAUUCCACUAAACCUUGACCAAGCACCUUGUACUUCAUUUGUGAUUGUCAAAAUGUUAGUGGAGGUAACUGCUGCAUGUGUGCUGAGUGUGCCCUUAUCUCUAAAUAUUGCAUUUGAAAAUAUACACCAUAUGGCAUGGUACGCAGCAAUAGCAGACCCCCCUCUUCGGAGGUAAUAAGCAGCAAGGAAGCCAUAUGUCCCCAAAAUGAAAGGAGCAAAAGUUUAGUACCAAAUUUUAUCUCCACAGAACGAAGGAACACUGCCUAUUGCACACAUUCAGGUGUAUGAACAUUUCUUGCUAUAUAUUACAAAUGCUACAACCUACCCAUAGGGGCCACCAUGAAGCUGUCACUUUUUUGUAGGAGCAUGCCUCACCUAGGUAUGCUAAAUAGAUACUCCAGUAUGUGUCUCAUAAGAAUUCAGUUCGACAUAAUAGUUAGAGUUGUGCUUUGUGAAGUGGGUGUGCAGUUGAAUUCUUUGUGAAAAGAGAUUUGAGGCCAUCCUGUAUUCAAGUCUACUGUUAGCUGCAUGCCUAAAAAUAUUGCACCUGAAAAGCUUCGUUUAGCAUAUGUUCUCGUGAGGCAUUGGCGUUUCCAUUCUGCAGUUGUGGUAAUAUCCUAAUAUCCCGACAUGAAUGUUGUUGUCUUCCUUGCCACAUCCUGUUCCUGGAAUCUAUGUGGCAAAACAUUUUGGCAAUGCAGUAUCUUACAAUAACCUUUAAAAUUAUGCUGAAAUUUGAACUUAAAAAUGCACCUAAACUCAUUUUACUUACUUACUUACUGUUAUCAUGAAAGUGAUGUUGGCCAACGGAACUGCUUCUAUGGAUCUCGGAACGAAUAAUGAGACAGAGUUAGGGCUUUAUUACUACUAUCGUGUGUACUAAAAUCUUGCCAUCCAGUGCCAAUGUUGUGUAGAGUGGAACAAAAAAACACACACUCUCAUGUGGAUUCAGUUUAGCAAGCUGGACGUUAUACAGAUGUCAGGUUGAGUACGUGUUGCCUUUCUGGCAACUUGCAGAAUGGUUCUUGCUAGCAGUAAGUGUGAUGUACUAGCAAGAUUGUGAGCUGCUGGUUGGACAGGUUAGUGAGAAUGAGCCGAGUGAUUUGUAUUUUUGUACGCUGGUAGAGGAUAUACAAGUGCGGCAUUUUUGACAGUCUCGGAGAGUAGAAUAAUACGACUUCAGUGGCCUUACAGAGUUCAGAAGUCGGGAAGGUGUUGGGGGGCCUAGUCACAAUUUUUUUUUUCUCUCUUUUGACAGGUGUACAAAUGCAGUCAUGCUUUUGCUAGAAUCCUAAUCUGUCUUUCGUGGUACUUGGCUGUUAACUAGUCCAAUCACCACCUUGUGAUAUGCUUGUCAGAAAAACAAAAAUGUUCGAAGACAACAGAGAAGGUGCAGCAUUCUAUUUUUGUAAUAUACUGUACAUCCCCGCAUUGUUAGAAUCUCUUAGAUCUUGCCAGGCAUUCCUGUUUGUGCGCAGAAAGCGUGUAUUUAUGUAAAUAUGCGAGUUUGUUAAAUAUUCCAAACUUUGGUGAUGGAAACAUUUACGGAAUCUGUAAAGUAUUUGUUUGUGCAGCUUUCAUGAGAAAGUGCUGUGUACAAGUAAAUAUAAAUCUUUAUUAUUUUGUUGUAAUAAAUAGUAAUUAUUAUUAUUA